UAUCAGUCAUUCAUCCGCUGGACAGGCUUAUGUAUUCUACAGUUCUCUUAAUUCUUCUAUUUACUGGUUUGGUAUCUUCCGUCUCUGCUUGUGAAGGAGACUGUAUCGUUAGGAUCACAAAUGCCUUCCUAGGAAACCUUUCCAAGCCGAUCGAUGAAGUCCUUAAAGACUUGAGCGACCAAAUAUCCGAGCAGCUUCUGCCACCCUCCCAAAGGCCUGCAGACCCUACGUCGCUCCUGCAACCUAUCCUCAAAGCUUACGCAGAUAUUUCUUACGAGAAGCUCGAGACAGCUAUCUUCCCAUCCUACUUCCACGGAAAAUGUCAGCGUUUCUCAAAGGACGGCCAAGAUCCUCCAGGCUGCCCAAAUCCAGAUUGCCCUGUCGUAUGCGGCACGCCAGGAAGCCUUGUCCAUUUCUACCCGAAGCUCCGCCUUAUUGCGUUCAAUAACACGAAGUCUACACUAGAGAAGAUUGCCAGUCCUGGUAGUCCCGCGUACACAAAGGUGGAGGCGAUGAUUAAAGAGGCGCAGCUUCGCAAAUCUGGAAAACGAGACUUGGUAGCCACCCACGGCAUGGGCUCAGUAAUUGAACCUCGUUCUGCAUACUGGCAUGGCAAGCGAUUACAUCCGCGAUUCUUCGGGGCUGGUCGGAAGCGGGACAUGCUCAGGCAACAAAAUUUGCAAGCGCGGAGUUCACCAACACUUGAAUCUAUCCUCGGCCAGUUUGACUUCUUGUUCAGCAAGGCUUGCGGUGGAAAGCCAGGCGACAGCAAGGACUCUCUUCCAAACUGCAGCUGGGAAAUUGAAAUGAAGAAGUACAUACUGUCGUUCCCUUAG